CGAGAUGUAAAGUGUAUCAUUAUGGCCAGUAUGACCGCGGAGCUCCAAAGGCUCCACGCGGACAUGGAAGUGCGUCCUAUGAUACAAUGCUUAAGAGACCUUUACCAGGGUCAGCCCCAAAACUCAGGAAUUUACGUUAUCGAAGUCAAUAUGUCUGAUAUCACCUCUUGGGUGAUGGAUACUGGAUGUGGNCAUGACGUCUAGUAAGUUGGAGCCUAAAUCUGAUAAAGUAAUUUUUGUGGGAUACCCCAAGGAAACUAGAGGGUAUGAGUUCUAUCAUCCAUCCGAUAACAAAAUUUUCGUUGCUCGGAAUGGAACCUUCCUUGAGAAGGAGUUUCUUUCUGCUAUCACUAGUGGGAGAAAGGUAGACCUCGAAGAAAUUCGAGAACCACAAGAAGAAGUCCCGAUAGUGUUGGAACAUGAGCAAAGAGAUCAAGCAAUUGAACCUCAAAUUGCUCUAGAUAUACCACGUAGAAUGAGUCAAGAAUCUGCCCACGGACAAGGAAACAAUAAUGAACAUGUCAGUGUUCAUACGGAAGCAUCUAGCUUUACCCCUCCCGUCCAAAAUGAACCCGUCAAUCAACAAAAUGUUGGGAAUAACCCGAACGCUGAUGGUCAACCCGACCUUGCGAUUCCCACAUUCCUGGCAAAUGUAUUACAACAGAUAGCCAACGCACCAAUUUUUCAACCACAUCCACCACCGCCACUGCGAGUGAUAACCUACAAAACAUUAUGGGAUAACGGUGCAGAAUUAUUCCUUGGGGAUCGCAUCGGUGAACCCCAAAUUGCAUGGGACUGGAUUGAGCAGACUGCUCGAGUGUUGGAGGAUCUUAACGUACCCAUUGGCAACUAUCCCCGACUGGCGUCUCAGCUGCUUCGCAAGGAAGCCUACGAGUGGUGGAAGAGGACCGAUGAGAGUGCGGGAACCCCUAAGCCAUGGACAUGGGCACAUUUCGAAUGGGCAUUCAAACAAGAAUAUAUUCCAAAACGUUUUAGCGAAGAAAGACGUAAGGAAUUUGUCGAAUUGCAACAGGGAGACAUGACACUCCCUGAGUAUCGUCAGAAUUUUACCAGUCUUGCUAAGUUUGCACCAACCUUGGUAAGUACCCCAACCGAUCGCAUCGAGGAGUUCAGGAAGAAACUUCGACCUGACCUUAGGUCGCGUGUGUCCGUCCUAACCACCGUGGAUUUCGCGGAGGCCUACGAUCUCAUAGCCAGGGCAGACAGCGACUUGAGUGCUUGCAUUGAGUAUCUGAAGACAAAUAAUGUCAGUUCAAGCACUCACCGUCCCAUCAGCUCUGUCUCAAAAGGAAAAAGGCCCUUCCAGGAAUCUAGCAAUUCACACAUCUCAAAGAAGGGGAAAUCGGUGAAGACGCACUCAGUGGCGUCGGAGAACAAAUCAAGAGGGUGGAAACACCCCUUGUGCGAUACAUGUGGGAGACAUCAUCCAGGCGAGUGUUGGCUUGCCCAAGGAUUAUGUCUAGGUUGUGGCCAACCUGGACAUUUUCAAAGGGAUUGCCCCACUAAUCCUGGCAAACCAUUUCCGACAGCCCCAGUUGUGAGCCAAUCAGCAUCAGCACGACCUGUGCCAAGUCAACGAUCAACGGCGAGAUCUAAUCCGGCCAAGAACCAGAGUCAGCAACAGGGACGAGCUCUUGCUCGUACUUAUGCAAUGAAGGCACGAGUUGAGGAAAACCCUGACGUCAUUCAGGGUAUGUUUUCCUUAUUUGAUUCUGUCAUGCAUGUGUUGAUAGACCCUGGAUCAACGUUAUCUUAUAUCUGCGUGCCUAUGCCUGACAAAGCUGACGUAAUGAAAGAAAACUUAGAACAACCUAUACUAGUGUCUAACCCAUUAGGGCAUAGUAUGAGGUUACUUCACGUAUAUCAAGAUUGUCCAUUGGUUGUCGAAGGAAAAGAAUUCCUUGCCAAUCUUGUUGAAUUACCGUACAAGGAAUUCGAUAUCAUCCUUAGAAUGGAUUGGCUCACCGAGCACCAAGCAGUUAUUGAUUGCCGACGACGAAUGAUUCAACUGAAAACUAAAGAGGGAAAUUCUAUUGAGGUGAAAGAAAAGUUAACUCCUAAACCGACUGAGUUCAUCUCGUACAUACACGCGAGACGUCUCAUUCGAAAGAAAUGUGAGGCUUAUCUAUGUAAUGUACGUGACACACGAAAGGAAACUUCUGAAUUAAAGGACAUAUCGACAGUAGGCAGAAUGAAUGAUUGGCUGAUUCCUGGCAGCAGAAGGGGCGAGACAGUCGUGGUAGAUUAUUGAAUGAAAUAAAUAAUUAUGUUGUUAUGAGACAUAUUUUAAAGUCGCUUCCGCAUUUUAUUUAAACACUNUAUCAAAUGGUUGAUUAUGAAUCGAGAUUCAAUUUAUGUGGAUGUUCGACGCUUUAGAUAUGCUUACUCAGCUUCACCGCUGAGCGUGUAGUGUGUUUUAUUUGCUACACGCAGGUAGGCAGAAUGAAUGAUUGGCUGAUUC